UAUCCUUAAAUAUUGUAAAUUUCUUAAUAUUUUUUAAAAUUUAGUUGUAAAAAUUGAGUUAUUGUUAUUAAAAUCAAGGUAACAAAUAUGGGAUGUUCCAUUUUUUAUCAAUAAAAACCUUCUGGAGUGCAUAAGGAAAUUAUUAGAUUAUUAUUAUAUGUACUCAUAUAUUGGCUAUUCUCUAUUUGCUUUAUUCGAGCUCGCAUUUCUUUGUUUGGUAUUGGUAAAGUCAUUGAGAGUCGAUAUCAAAUGUUACUUUUUUUGAAUUGUUUCAUAGUUAUCUGAGCUUGGUAAAUUAUCUAAGGUUGACCUCGUUAAGAUAAAAUUUAAAUAUUAAAUCUUAUGAUAUAUUGUCAUAUAUCAUAUCUUAGAACAAGAGAUAAACGGAAGAGGGCUAGAAUCUUAAAAAAUGAAAAUGUGGGUAACAAUAUCCGGAAUAUAUGUAAUAGAACCAUACACAAAAUGGCGGAAAGAGACUUAUUUGAAAAUUUUGCAAAGUUACAAAAUAGCUUUUACCUGGCUGUCUCUCGGACGAUUGAUCCUAAUUUCAAACAGAAUAUUGAAUGCGCGUUCCGUAUUGUUGGAAAUUACGGGAUGAUAUCGUUGUUUGCUGAUUGGUUUGGUAGUCAACUGUCACUCUACUUUAAAGAUACACUUAUCCCUAAUUUAGACAAUGAAUUUAAUUCAAAAGCGACUGAUCAAACAAGUAGAGUGUAUAGAGGCCUAGACGUAUUACACUCCGGUUUAAAAUCUUUAUUUGACUAUUGCAAUUUAUGUGACACUUUUAUCGAUAGUAACAAUUUCACAAUUAUUUUACAAUCAAAAAUUGAAAGCUGCAUUCUGCCUAAUUUAUCCCAGCCUUUCCUUGAUCACAUAAUGAAAUUAUAUCAAGAUAUUUCCGAUGAAUUAUAUUCGCUGGACGAAAAUUUUUCUUUCGAAGUAUUCAAUCAAACAAAAGCAAACCAAUUUCGCCAAAUGAAUGCUCAAAUGAAAGAAAUUAAUUUAUGGAAAAAUAUGUGUUAUUGUUAUGCCACAGAAGCUUUUCACGAAACGGUUGUGAAAACGGUGAAAAGCCUGUCAUCUAAUGAAAAGCUUAUACAUUCUCCACUUGUCCCUCGCCUUUCUCAAUGGUUAUGUGCGUUUAGAAAUAAAUAUUCUCGGCUUAUCGGCGAGGAGGCGUCAACUAGUGUUGAAAACGUUCCGUUGUAUGUUUUGUUUGAGGCUGUCGCCAAGGAGCGAAUACGAAACAUCUUCAAACUUAUGGUUCAUUACCCAGAUAGUUCCAGAUCGUUGAUAGAGUUGAAAGACUGCAUCGAUCGUGUUCCGAAAUUAAAGCCGGUUUUAGCGACGGAGAUAAAGACCGCAAUCAGUCGAAGACUUCUUCAUGCGGGCGUUGCAACAACGGAAAUUUUAACGGCAUACGUAGCUGUCGUUAAAACUUGUCGCUUAUUACUAGAUUUGGAUAGUGUUGUAGCAUCUAUAACUCGACCCAUAACAGAUUAUUUACGCAAAAGAAACGACACAAUUCGUUGUUUGGUUAUUAGCGUUGUUGAUGAAGACAAUGACAUUGAUUUGUCUUCUUUUGAUUCUCUAAACUAUUCGAUGGAUUUCUGGAAAACGUGGCAGCCCCCAAGCACACAUAUUGAUAGUAUAGAUUUAGAAGAAUCACACAAAGACACUUUCAAUGCUCUAGUUGACGAUUUGGGUGGUGCUGAUUUAUUAGUCAAAGAGUACGCAAAACAAUUAGCUGAAAGAAUGCUUGCUUCGCCUGGUGAUUUGCGGGUUGAUGACGAAAUCAAAAGGAUCGAAACCCUCAAAUUAAAGUUUGGUGAACCAGCAUUGUCAGCCUGUGAUGUAAUGAUGGUGGACUUGAAAGAAUCUAGUCGUAUAAGGAGCUGUUUGAAGAAAGAACAGACCAAUGCUCUUAUUCUGUCAGAACACUAUUGGCCAAAAUUACAGGAAGAGGAAGUUGUUCUCCCUCCCGAGAUAGAAAAUCGUUUUGAAGAAUUUACCAAUGACUAUCAAAAAGUUAAGGAGGGACGAACACUAAAAUGGCACAAGCAAUUGGGUACUAUAAAUAUGCGUUUGGAAUUAGGAGAUAAGAGCUUAAAUGUUGCAGUUAGUCCAGCUCACUCUGCUCUUCUGCAUUUAUUUACUGUAAAGGAUGAACCAUGGUCACUUGGCGAUCUCGCUAGGGAAUCUGGUAUGACUAGCGCGGCAGUGAAAAGAAGGAUGAAUUUGUGGUUGAAAGAAGGUGUCAUUUCCCCACUGCCAGAUGAUAGGUUCGAGCUCAAUACUACCUCAACAAGGGCUGCUGUCAAUGAAUCCAUGGAAGAAAAUCCGGAAGAAGAAGACGAGAAGGAGGAAGCGGCAAAAGCGCCUAGUCCAAAAAAAGGAAAUGUAAAUACUGUCUGGAUGUAUAUUCAAGGUGUUUUACGAACUAUGGAAUCUGUUCCGAAAGACAAAUUGCUAAAAAUUCUCGCAAUGUUUUCUGCUCAUUUUUCUCAAUUGGACAUACAAAAUCUUCUUGCGAACAAGGUGAAAAACGGGCAAUUAAUCUUCAGUGACGGAGUUUACCGCCUUCCGACCUUAUAGAAACAGAUGCUGCUGAUAUAUUUUAUAUUAUGAGAGGUAACUGGCCUAUUGCAUAAUGAAGGUUAAUACCCGCUUAUUUACGCAGGUGCACAAACUUAAUUGCUGUGGAACUAGGCGGUUUGUUUUUCUUUUUCUCCUAUGCAUUAAUCGACGUGAAAUAUUCUGAAGAGGUUUAAAUUAUUUAUAAUGCAGUGCAGGAUUUUGUGUAUUAGGCAAAAACGAGGAGAAGGAAAACAAGUAAAACGAUUUUUUUAAAACAAGAAACAAAAUUGCUCCCUCUCUCGUUCUCUCUCUCUCUCUCUCUCUCUC